GAAUAGAAGCCGGCUCCCUGCAUGCCCGGCUGUAGCGCUGGUUCCGGUGGGUCGUGGCGGCGUACAGGCAGUGUUUACCUGUGCAGGAGAACGGCGGAGGAAUUGCUGGAAGAGAUCACAGGAGAAACCAGUUAGCCACGUAUUGUCUCGUCAGAGGCUGGGUAGAAGGAAGCAUGUUUGCCUUCAAUAUGUUUGACCAAGCAAUUCCGCAAGCAUUUCGGAAUCGGUUCUCAACGCAGUACCGCUGCUACUCUGUCUCAAUGUUUGCAGGCAGUGAUCGAUCGGAUGUAGAGAAGGGAGGAAAAAUAAUAAUGCCACCGUCUGCCCUGGAUCAACUGAGUCGACUGAACAUCACAUACCCAAUGCUCUUUAAACUUACUAACAGGAAAACUGACCGAAUUACGCAUUGUGGUGUUUUGGAAUUUGUGGCUGAGGAAGGAAUCUGUUACCUGCCUCACUGGAUGAUGCAGAACUUGCUUCUGGAGGAAGGGGGCCUGGUCCAGGUAGAGAGUGUGAACCUCAUGGUUGCCACUUAUUCCAAAUUUCAACCGCAGGCUCCAGAUUUCCUGGAUAUCACCAAUCCCAAAGCUGUAUUAGAAAACGCCCUGAGGAACUUCGCCUGCUUGACCACUGGUGACGUCAUCGCCAUCAACUACAAUGAGAAGAUCUAUGAGCUCCGGGUCAUGGAAACUAAACCAGACAAAGCUGUUUCUAUCAUCGAGUGUGACAUGAACGUAGAUUUUGAUGCCCCAUUGGGUUACAAAGAGCCUGAAAGGCAUUACCAGCCUGAAGACACCUCGGAUCUUGAAGCUGAUCAUACUGCCUUUGUGCCAAUUGACUUGGGGUUCCGGCCAUUUACUGGUGCUGGCAACCGACUAGAUGGAAAAAAGAAAGGAGUUGAUCCCAGUCCAGCACAAAUCAACCCUGAAGAUAUUAAAAGAGGAAUUCCAAACUAUGAGUUCAAAAUAGGAAAAAUUACUUUCAUCCGGAAUUCACGGCCACAGCCAAAGCAAGUAGAAGAGGACUCUGGGCCCAGCAGGUUCAUUGCGUUCUCUGGAGAAGGACAGUCUUUGCGCAAGAAAGGAAGGAAGCCUUAACCUGCUGAGAACUGUAAUGGCAGAAGAACGGCCUUUUCCAUUUGAGGAAGUGGCAAGAGUUCACAGGAGCUGGAAAAGACUGAUUCACUACGUAUUUUUAACAAAAUCAUUCAUGGUUCUCUAAUGGAAUCCUUUGCACUAUCUCUCUUACAGACUGGCUUUCACUCUUGUGUGUCUAGCUUUAAUGGACAAUUGAUUUUGACUGAAGUGACUGGUUUAAGAAUGGAAUUCUGCACAGCAGGCCAUUGCUGACUAUCUUUAGGUGUGUUUACAAAUGUUACUUUGUAUGUAUAUAACCUUCCUUUAGUAAACCAGUUUUCUGACAUUUCAGGAUUGCUAGUCUUGUGAUUCCAUGCAACUAGUUGUCCUAUUUAGCUAGCAGUCAUUUAAUUUACUGUAGUCUCAGUUUAUAACUCUACAGUUGAGCAUUAAUCAAGUUAAAAUAUAAGCACAAGCUCAGGGAAAAGCCAAGUAUGCAAAACUAAGGCCAAAGUCUUAUGCAGAAACUGAAGAGAAAAGGGCAGUAAUGUUCUCCAAGUAAAGUUGUUGCUUCAAGGAUGGUGAAUUUCAAGUUCUGAUUAUUGAAAAGUUUAAAGCUUAGGAAGAUCACUUUUAUUAAGUUGAUGUAAUGGAAGAAUUAAUACUUGUGUUACUGAAUCGAGGCUGUGCAGUUAAUAUUUCCCAUGUUCCGUUUAUCAUAAUGUGGGACUAUCAAGAGGAAGAGGAUACUUCCAAGAAAUGAAAUGUCCAACAAGCUAUUUGCUGUGUUGUUGAAUUUAAAAUGUUUAUUUUUUGAGUAUUCAUUCAAUGUGCAUAUGAAUGCAAAAAUUUUGGAAUUCAGUAUGUUCAACCCAAAGAAUCUGCUUCAUUUGGGCUGUAUUCUGAUCAUUCUUUUACAUUCACCUUUUCCUCUCUGAAUUUAAUGUCUAUUCAAUUUGCACUAAUUCCUUCCACUAAAUAUGACUUUGGUAAGAAGAGUUUGCCUGUAGCAUUAGCAUCAAAUUUCCCAUCUCUUCUCCCCACUGUUCUAUUAUCUAAUCAGAUUUCUGUUUUUAUAUAAAAAAAAUUCACUAAUAUUUUCACAGGGCUUUAUUGACCUUCAUUCAGUUGAAGCUCUAGGGAAUAAAUAUUUAAUGGAUUAAAAAAAAUGAAAGGAAACCGAAGACACUGGAAUUUGGAACAAAAAAUAUGCUGGAAGAAUUUGAGGGGUGCUGUGGAGGCAAAAAGUUAGGUCAACGUAUUGGGUCAGGAUCCAGCAUCAGGACUGAGACAAAGUUAGGUUUGCCGAUCUGUACUAACGUAAAAUGGGGUAGGACAGUGGUUCUUUAAAACAAGAUAGUUGAGGGAGGGGAUGGAUGAUAUGCAGAUUGUUGGGGGGAGGAUGGUAAGGGGGAUGGGAAACGUGAAUCAAGGGAGAAGAAAACCAGCUGGCCUGUAUGAGUUAGUGGGAGGAUAAAGAUUAUUAUCUCUUCACUAAUUUCUCUGGAAUUUCUGUUAAAAAUGCAAAAGGACAGUGUCUGGGCAUCAACUUUACAUUAAUUUGGCUUUCUGCAGUUCUUUGAAACCUUGCAUAAUCACCGGUUCCUUUUGCUACAUUUGUGUGCACAUUGCUUCAAAAUAUAGAUUCUGACCUUGAGUUGUUACUCCCUUCCCUGCCCAUUGUUAUUGAUCUGCACUGCAUUCAAUUCAGCACAAAUAAACCCUGUGACUCAACAUGAUGCAAUGUUGAGGAUGGGACAGGGAGUGUUAUCUGGCGGAAAUAGCACCAAAGCACAUCAGGAUUUGCUCCAUCUUCUGUUGCUUGUACAAUCAAUGUAUAAGGUGAUGGUGCUGUGUGUUUCAUUAAGUUGAGAGUGUUUAGAAAUCGUGCACAAAUGUCAGCUGACACUGCAAUAUUUGUUCAUUGCAUCAUAGCAAGUUCAUCGUGGCCUGGGACUGGACGUGGAAAAUAUUUGAGGUUGGUACCAGAGACAAUGGAUGAAAGUAUUAUGGAAAGAUUGGAGAAGCUGUUGUUAUCAAAGUCAAAGUGAAUUUAUUAUUGAAAUGCAUAUAAGUCACCAUAUACUACCUUGAGAUUCAUAU